ACCCUCGACACUCUCGUCGACACUUGACUUGACUGCGACUCUCGACUUGUUUUGUUCACUGUUUUGUUGAUAUUAAUUACUUGCUUGUAGAAGAAAUAGUGGUGGAAAGUUGAACAUAUUCCUUUUUUAUAUUGUUUUAAUUACUUUUUGUCAUUUGUAUGUUUACUUAACUCUGUUAAAGACUAAAUAAAAACUUUCGUUUCACGGAAAAAUUGGAUAUCGACAUUUGUAUCCAAAGAUAACCUUAUUCUUGUGCGGUGUAAUUUUGGAAAACCAUGGCUUCAUCUUCUGUGGGAGUUAAAGAUUUUUAUAAGAACAAAAAUAUAUUUAUAACUGGUGGUACUGGAUUUGUUGGUGUCACCCUUCUGGAAAAGAUAUUAAGAUCCAUUCCCGAUCAUGGAGAAAUUUUCCUCCUGAUGAGACCUAAGAAAGGAAAAGAAAUUUCCGAGAGACUAAAUGAGAUUAAAAAGAAUUCCGUCUUUGAAACUUUGUUGAAAGACAAGGACGUUGAACAGGUAUUUGCUAAAGUCAAAGCAAUCGCUGGUGAUGUUGGUGAAGAUAAAUUAGGAAUUUCAGACUCAGAUUGGCAACUGUUAACUGAGAAAAUAAACGUAAUUUUCCACUCAGCAGCAACUUUAGAUUUUGGAGAUACCCUUGAUACUACAGUAAAUAUUAACCUACUGGGAACACGAAGAGUUACUGAGUUGGCCAAAGCAUGUAGAAACUUAGCAGUUUUCGUCCAUGUAAGCAGUGCUUACGUCAAUUCAUACAAACUUCAUGCUGAUGAGAUUAUUUAUCCACUACCUAGAGAUGCCGAUGAAUUAAUAGCUACCGUUAAAAAACUCAGUAAAGAGGAGUUACUGAAAGAAACACCUGCACUCUUAGGAGACCACCCAAAUACAUACACAAUUACAAAACAUAUGGCUGAACAUGAAAUUCAAAAAUGUGAAAGUUUGUUUCCUUGUACCAUUGUUCGACCAAGUAUGAUAAUUGGAUGUUGGAAGGAACCUGUUCCUGGAUGGACAAUAAGCAAAAAUGGACCACAAGGUUUCUUAAUGGGUGCCGCAAAAGGAGUCAUCAGAAGGUUGCCAGUUGCAACAAAUUUAGUGUAUGAUUACAUUCCUGUCGAUAUAGUAGUUAACAGUCUUAUUGUUGCAGGCGCUCAUGCUGGUCAUACCAAAACAUCAAAGGUGGAAGUCUACCAUGCAACAUCCAGUACACGGGAACCCUUCCGUUGGUCGUCCGUAGAAAACAAAAUCACGGAGUAUCUCCACAAAUACCCUCUUAAAUCUGCAGUUUGGUAUCCACAUUUGAAGUUUUUACCUACAAUUACAUGGUACAAAGUUUCUGCGUUUUUCGUUCAUUUCUUCCCUGCCAUUUUAUUAGAUACUGUGACAAGAUUAACGGGCGGUCGUCCUAUUUUAAUGAAGUUACACAGAAACGUCAAUAAUUCAUUAGGCAUGCUAUCUAAAUUCAUAUUUACUGAAUGGACAUUCCCAGCUGUGAAAACCGUUGAAUUACAAAAUUGGUUAACAAAAAGUGAUCAGCAAGAAUUCAAUGUUGAUUUGCAAGGACUCUGCUGGCCAGAAUAUUUUGUCGAUUUAACACUAGGAGCUAGGGUUUAUUUGAACAAGGACCCUAGGAAAACCUUGGACGCUGCGAGAUCAAAAGAUAAAGUAUUGUUGGUUAUCCACAUCUUAUGGCACCUUAUGAUAUUUUCACUUUUGUGGUACAUCUUCGCCAGCAUUACAGGAAUGACAAUGUCUGCUUCAAUUUUCAUCGUGCCUCUUCUCCACAUUUUGUUUCAAAUGUUGUAGUUUAGUUUUUUAGAAUUUAUUGUUUCACAGUAUUUUUAACCAAAAAAAUGUCUCGUAUUAUAACAAGAUCUGGAUUAAUUGUGGUUUUUAAUAAAAUUUAAUAAAGAUAUACCUAAAAUUUAA